GCAACAGACGUUGAAAGCCCAAAACUGACUUCAUCGGCUGCGUUGCGUGUUUUUCUUAACCUCCAUUCUAUCCACCACAGGCGUUCAGUGGACCCAACGCGGGAAAUGGAGGGUAUGCUAGACCACAGACAUUAGGUGACACAAAGUCAAUCGAUGUGAAGGAAAAGCAAGAAAUGGGAUGGUCCUCAGUGCAUGGUAUUGGAGAAAACCUCAUUAACCUCGGAUUAUUCCUAUGCAUGGUCGUUGCAAUAACCUUUUUUGUUUGUAUCUUUUUGAUGUUUAUCGCGACCGCGCUACGUCACAGUCGUGUUUCAGUUUCUGAACUAACAACUAGUGGACAACCCACAGUGGGAUCAACUGAGCGAAGACCACCAGCGUACGGACGUACAAAGCUUAUGCGUCAGCUCAAAUAUAUGCAAACACAAAUCCAGUCAAGCGUCGAAUAUGGCCGGACAAAACUUGAUGAGAAUCAGUAUGCAACUCUACCACUUGGAGUUACAGUGAACUCAGACUCCGUGCUUUUCACAGUAAACUCGGUGUGAACACUCACCGUGAUAUAUGAGAAUUACUUACUAUUGUAUUUAUACAUACCAGUAACGGGAUACCUAUUCUUUAUUCGUAGGCUACAAUGAAGAUGGC